GGCGGGUCAGCGCGCCGGGCCCGGUUUCCGCUGCCUGCCCGGGACCGCUUACUCUCCACCCAGGUGUGGUUUCCACUACUGGAGAAUGAAACAUGACUGAGGACUCACAGAGAAACUUUCGUUCAGUAUAUUAUGAGAAAGUGGGGUUUCGUGGAGUUGAAGAAAAGAAAUCAUUAGAAAUUCUCCUAAAAGAUGACCGUCUGGAUAUUGAGAAACUUUGUACUUUUAGUCAGAGGUUCCCUCUCCCGUCCAUGUACCGUGCAUUGGUAUGGAAGGUGCUUCUAGGGAUCCUGCCUCCACACCACGAGUCCCAUGCCCAGGUGAUGAUGUAUCGCAAGGAGCAGUACUCUGAUGUCCUUCAUGCCCUGAAAGUCAUUCGCUUUGUCAGUGAUGCCACACCCCAGGUUGAAGUCUUUCUCCGCAUGUAUCAGCUGGAGUCUGGGAAGUUGCCUCGAAGUCCCUCCUUUCCGCUGGAGCCAGAAGGUGAAGUAUUUCUUGCCAUUGCUAAAGCCAUGGAAGAGAUGGUGGAAGAUAGUGUCGACUGUUACUGGAUCAUCCGAUGCUUUGUGAACCAAUUAAAUAGCAAGUACCGGGAUUCCUUACCCCAGUUGCCAAAGGCCUUUGAACAAUACUUGAAUCUGGAAGAUAGCAGACUGCUGAGUCACCUGAAGACGUGUUCUGCAGUGUCCAAACUUCCUUAUGAUCUCUGGUUCAAGAGGUGCUUCGCAGGGUGCUUGCCUGAGUCCAGUUUACAGAGGGUUUGGGAUAAAGUUGUAAGUGGAUCCUGUAAGAUCCUAGUUUUUGUAGCUGUGGAAAUUUUAUUAACCUUUAAAAUAAAAGUAAUGGCACUGAACAGUGCAGAGAAGAUAACAAAGUUUCUGGAAAAUAUUCCCCAGGACAGCUCGGAUGCGAUUGUGAGCAAGGCCAUCGACUUAUGGCACAAACACUGUGGGACCCCGGUACAUUCAGCCUGAACACUCCUGAUGGCUGUGGACGGUCUCCCAGGCCCGCCCUGAGCUUUCUGUUCUUGGGACCCAGGCUACUAAACUGAUUGAAAGUAGAGUUCUUGCUUUGGUGCUCAAGGUGUAAUUUUUUUCCAGUAAAAUUAUUUAAUUAAGAUAUCUGGUGUUGCUGUGUUGUGGAGCAGCAUCUUUUGGUUACACAGAAGUACACAGAAUUCAACUCGGAAUAGCAUUUUAAAAGGGUUUUUAGAAAAUAGCUCCCAGUUUUUAAAGCAGUUCAGUCAGGGUAGGUGGGGGCUUGAACAAGCUGUGCGUGGCCAAGCCUGCUUCUCCCUCAUUAGCACCGAGCUACUUACUUUCUACUGUCUAUUUCUGGAAUAAAGAACAACCUCCUUUUGUUGACAACUCA